UUUCACACUCAAUCCAAGACACCCAACAUGUCGUCUCUUCCUCCCGUCUACAUUGUCUCAGCUGCCCGCACGCCUACGGGCAUGUUCUUGGGCUCCCUCUCGAGCUUGAGUGCUAUUCAGCUGGGUUCCCACGCCAUCAAGGCUGCUGUCGAGCGCGCUGGUCUCAAGCCUGAGGAUGUCGAGGAAGUCUUUGUUGGCAAUGUCCUCUCUGCAGGCCUCGGCCAAAACCCUGCCCGCCAGUGUGCAAUUGGUGCCGGCCUCCCCGAGUCUACCGUCUCCACCACCAUCAACAAGGUGUGCGCCUCUUCGAUCAAGUCGCUGAUCCUUGGUGCGCAAACCAUUAUUACCGGAAAUGCCGACAUCGUCGUCGCCGCCGGUACCGAGAGCAUGUCGAACACCCCUCACUAUCUCCCCAACCUAAGGACCGGCGCUAAGUUCGGAGACCAGCCGCUAGUCGAUGGUGUGCUGAAGGACGGUCUUACCGACGCAUACAAGAAGGAGCAUAUGGGUCUUCAGGGCGAGGAGUGCGCCGACGACCACGGCUUCAACCGCGAGCAGCAGGACGAGUACUGCAUCCGUUCAUACAAGAAGGCAAUCGCUGCCACUGAGGCUGGCUGGUUCACCUCGGAAAUUGCACCCAUUGAGGUUCCCCAGGGACGCGGCAAGCCCUCCAUCACUGUUGACAAGGAUGACGAGCCAAAGAACUUCAACGAGGCCAAGACCCGCACCGUGCGCUCUGCUUUCAAGACGAACGGAACCGUCCACCACCCGCCAACGCCUUCGCCGCUUGUCCGAUGGUGCUGCUGCCAUUCGUACUCGCCUCCGAGGGCUGCACGUCAAGGCGCACAACCAUAAAGCCCCAUUGGGCAAGAUUCUUGAGUUGGGGUGAUGCUGAAGCAGAACCCAUCCAAAGGUUCACCACCGCACCCAGCCCUUGCUAUGCCCCAAGGCUCUCAAGCACGCCCAAGGUCGAGCUGUCCGCUGUCGAUGCUUUCGAGAUCAACGAGGCUUUCAGCGUUGUCGCCCUUGCCAACAUGAAGAUCCUCAAACAUCAGUGAGGACAAGGUCAACCUCCACGGUGGUGCCGUUGCGCUCGGUCACGCGCUUGGUGCUUCCGGCGCCAGGAUCACCACUACUCUUCUCGGCGUGCUGAAGGAGAAGAAGGGCAAGAUCGGAUGCGCUGGAAUCUGCAACGGAGGUGGAGGUGCUUCUGCUAUUGUCAUUGAGUCGUUGCAGUAAACAAAAUCUCGAUGAGACUAAAACACCACGAUAGUACUUGAACAAAUAAUAUAAUGAUACCAAGA